CAAGUAUAAGCAGCAACAGAUAGAGAUCAACUUAGAAUAAAGUCUGUCAGCUAAAAGAAACAUGAGUGGGGGUAACAUCAGUUCCACAACAGAUCAAUCAUCUGCACUGGAAGCAGCUGUGAGACACAUACAAACAGCCUCCAUUGUCAUCUACUGUUUGAUAAUUAUAGUUGGAACUCUGGGCAAUGCUCUGGUUAUCUACGUGACAGGAUUCAAAAUGAAGAAAACAGUUGACUCAGUUUGGUUUCUCAACCUGGCCAUAGCUGACUUCCUCUUUACAGCCUUCCUGAUUUUCUUAGUCAUUUCUCUCUCUCAGAGUCACCGAUGGCCUUUUGGAGAACUCAUGUGCAAGCUCAACACCUUUGUGAGUGUAGUCAACAUGUUUGCCAGUGUCUUCAUUUUAACAGCCAUGAGUCUGGAUCGUUGUUUGUCCAUCUGUGUGGUGGUGUGGGCACACAACAAGCGCACAGUCUGCAAAGCUCGGCUCAUAUGUGUUGGUAUCUGGGUGACUGCUGCGGUCUGCAGCACUCCUUAUGCCACUUUUCGCACUUUGUUGGAACAUAAUGGGGCACAUGUCUGUGGUUAUUCUAUGACACCUGAACAGAAAUGGAGUCUCAACAUUUUUCGCUUUCUUAUGGGCUUUGUGAUCCCAUUCCUGGUCAUAUUUGUGUCUUAUGUGGCCAUAGGCAUACGUGCAAUGCGCAUGUCAAGAACAAGGAGACGCAGAUCUCGCCGAAUCAUUUUCUCCAUCAUUUUUGCAUUCUUCAUCUGUUGGUUGCCCUUCCAUGUUUUUAAUUUUAUUGAAGUAAAGCAUAUGACUAACCCUAAAACCUUGGCCAUUGUUACAAUCGUGGGUCCUCUGACUGUGAGUCUGGCUUUUCUGAACAGCUGCUUGAACCCCAUCCUCUAUGUCUUCAUGUGUGAAGAAUUCAUAAAAAAGCUUCGACAGUCCAUAUGUUUUGUACUCGAGAGUGCUCUGGCAGAGGACCAUUUAUCGUUUAUGUCCACUCGCUCUGUGUCAUCAACCUUAUCAAGGAUUUCCCGGAAGUCAGAUGCUACUGCAACUUUGGAGAAGAUCGACCCAGCUGCUUUUGAACCCUGCACAGAAAACAAAGUAGUCAUCACUGAGGAGACACCAAACCCCGAAUAAAAACUCGCCGUUGGCAAUAUAAAUUUGAAUUAAUUUUCUAAUGUAAAAUUUAAUCUCAGGAUGAUUCAGAUUGUAAAUUUGUGCAAAAAAAUCUAAAAUGUCCACGUUUUCUUGUUUUGUUUUGUGACCCCUACUGUUUUCUUUAGAUUUUUCUAACUAUUCCAGGGGAAAUCUCACUAUAUGCUCCAUGCAGUAGUAAGAAAACUAAACUAGCCAUAAUAAUAGAAAACCUAUGUGGUUGUGCUGAAGCUUUGAAUUGUGGUAUUUAAUUUGUUAAAAUUAAUUAUGUAAUCCAUACAGUCAUAUUAAAAUUUUUCAUUUAAGAACAGCUUUAUAUUUGUGUAUUUGAGUAGAUUAUUUCAUGUUUAUUAAUAUCAGCAUCCACUGAACUGUAACCAGAGACUAAACUUUGAGCUUUUUGCAUUUUUCAACCUGUGAAUAAAAACAUGCUGAUCAAGUA